GAGCAGCCCUGGGAGAGUGGAGCCAGACAGCUGAUGACAAGAAGGAAAAGGAGACUUGAGACACCCAGCCUGAGGUCAGACCACAUCCACGUCCCACGGACAGCAGCGGACACUCCCUGUCAAUGUUCAGGCCCUGAGCUGCUGCGUCCCAGUGGCCACCGUGCCCAGAAUGGCCAGCACUGGGUUUCCGCAGCAGCCCCAGCUUCUCUCCAAAGAAGCCACCACCUCCAACACCGAGGGCCCCGCUGGGGGUCAUCGCGGCUCCACAGAUUGCGACCUGGAGUGCCUGGUGUGCCGGGAGCCCUACAGCAGUGCCCGGACACCAAAGCUCCUGGGCUGCCAGCAUGCUUUCUGUGCCGUCUGCCUGAAGCUGCUGCUGUACGUGCAGGAUGACACCUGGUCCAUCACCUGCCCACUGUGCCGCCAGGCCACCGCCGUCCCCGGGGGCCUCGUCUGCACCCUGCGUGACCAGGAGGCCGUGCUGGGGUGGCUGGCCCGGCCAGGCCCCGAGGUGCGACUCUGUCCUCAGGGGCUGGCAAAUGGGACCACCUUGACUGCAGGACACCCCAGCUUAGCAGAAGAUGAGCAGGACGUGGCGAGUGCCAACAGCAUGGCAGCCCGGCGCCUGGCGGCACACCUGCUCCUCCUGGUCUUGCUCAUCGCCCUCAUCCUGCCCUUCAUCUACCCAGGCGUCAUCCGAUGGGUGCUCAGCUUCCUCGUCGCCCUGGCCCUGCUGCUGUCUAUGAUUUUUUGCUGUCACCCCAACAGCCAGGGCAACUGCUGCUGGCCCUCCGCCAGGACCCUCUUCUGCAGAGAGUGGAAACACAGCGAGAUCGCCUCCAUUGCCUGAGCACGCUCUGACGGGUGGUCCCUGCACCACCUUCUGCCUCUGCGGCCCGCUUACUGGCACAGGGAACAGGGUAAGGGGCUACACAUCUGACCGGCUCCCUUGGGAGAUGAAAGCAGGACUUGCAAGCCAAAGCCAGAAUGGCUGUCUUGGGUCAAGAACUGUGUGCUUGGACGACAGACUUUUGCCGGCCCAGGCUACAGCACAGCUAGCUGGGGAUGAAGGAAGGGACACAAGGGAUUUGAAUGCCUCAAGGGGGGAGGAUCCUCUUCCUCUUCUUCCAAUGUUCCUGGUUUGCACCUUGAUGAAAGUAUUGCAAAUAUUGAUGUUAUUGCAGAACAAAUAGAACAGAACUUUUUUUUUUUUU